CCAUUUCUCCAGGAGGGGGGGGUGAAGGCCCCCCAAAUAUGCAUAUAUGAAAAGUCCAAAAAGUAACCGUCACUGACAGGGAGUCUUAAGUAAAGAAGGAAACGAGACCAAACUGGCGGGUUCAGCGAAAGCGCAGCCGGCAGCGUCCCGGACGAGGAGCUCCCUGAGGACUUUGGUUCCUAUGUGUAAAGAUGUCUUUGGUGGACUUGGGGAAGAGGCUGCUAGAAGCAGCCAGAAAAGGCCAAGAUGAUGAAGUGAGAACGUUGAUGGCAAAUGGAGCCCCGUUCACCACAGACUGGCUUGGAACAUCACCCCUCCACCUUGCAGCCCAGUACGGGCAUUAUUCCACAGCAGAAGUGCUCCUUCGAGCGGGCGUAAGCAGGGAUGCCCGGACCAAAGUGGACAGGACCCCCUUGCACAUGGCUGCAGCCGACGGACACGCACACAUCGUGGAACUGCUUGUUAGGAAUGGUGCAGAUGUGAAUGCCAAGGACAUGCUGAAGAUGACAGCUCUGCAUUGGGCCACAGAGCACCACCAUCGGGAGGUGGUAGAGUUACUUAUCAAAUAUGGAGCUGAUGUGCAUGCUUUCUCCAAGUUUGAUAAGUCCGCCUUUGACAUAGCGUUAGAGAAGGACAACGCCGAGAUUUUGGUUAUCCUCCAGGAAGCAAUGCAGAAUCAGGUGAAUGCUAAUUCAGAGAGAGGAAACCCCAUGACUAAUCCCGUGACCGUGACCACUCCGUUCAUCUUCACAUCAGGGGAGGUUGUUAACCUUGCCAGCUUGGUUUCAUCAAACAACAGCAAAGCAACCUCAGCCAAUUCAGAGGAGAUUGUGGAGAGAAAUGCUGUUGACUCAUCAAUCCAGCCAAUGGGGGAGAGCGGUGGCCAGCGGGUCAUCGCCAUAGUGACUGACGGAGUCCCUCUGGGUAGUAUUCGAACUGCAAUCCCGACUGGAAGCAUUGGCCAGCCAUUUAUUGUGACAAUGCAAGAUGGACAGCAAGUUCUAACUGUGCCUGCUGGUCAGGUGGCAGGGGAGACUGUGAUUGAAGAGGAGGAGGAGGAAGAAGAAAUAGACAAGCUGCCAUUAACAAAGAAACCAAAGAUCGAAGAGCUGACAGACAAUGUAGAGGACAGUAAGGAAGGCCGUGAGAGGGAGCUCCUGCAACAGCGGCUCCAGGAGGCCCACCGGCGAGCCCAGGAGUACCGACAGCAGCUCCUCCAGAAGGAGCAGGAGGCAGAGCAGUACCGGCUGCAGCUGGAGGCCAUAGCCCGGCAGCAGCCCAACGGAGUCGAUUCCCCCAUGGUCGAGGAGGUGGCUGAGGUGGAUGCUGUGGUCGUCAACGAAGGCGAGGUGGAAAGAGAAGCACACAUGACAAGAGUGGGAAAGACGACGGAGUCACAGCCUGCAGUGUCCUUGGAGACUGUUUCAUCUUAAUAUGCAGAUAUACAACUUGCACUGCAUUCAUCUUUUUACUCCAUUUUUAAGAAGAAAAAACAGAGGACAAAUAUAUAAAAAUUAAGAAUGUCCUUAGGAAGAAGCUACAAUAGGGCUCAAUUCUUGGUCUCAGGAAGGCUCUCUAUGCAACUGGAAUUCCAAGCCAUAUUUAGGGAACACUUCUUCAGUGAAUCAGGACCAAACCCCAGCGCACCCUGCUGCCUUAAGUGUAGACAUAAAGCCUGCUGCAUGCCAUAGGUAGUUUUUUGUUUGUUUCUAAAUAACUGAUUUUCUAUCAAAAGAUUUUACACUCCUAAAUACACACAUAUCGUCCAGUGACCUGAAAAUGUGCCUUAUACUUAGGACGUGUGUCUGUUGGAGAGAUUCCUGGGGAAGAAGAUGACAAGGAAGCUUUGGGCAAGAGGAAAGGCAUGCAUGCCACUGCCAAGGGGCAGGCGUUCCUCAUUACUCUGAGUUCGUCUCACUGAAAAGAAAUUUGUGAUUGCCCAAAAAAUGUGUAUCAGUAUGUGUCCAAAGUCUCAGGUGCCAUUUUAAGACACUAAAAGUUUUUUAAAAACUACAAGGAACGAUCUCGUGUUUGUGUGGGACAAGUGUCUAUAAAAUUCAGGUCCUGCAGGCUUUUUCCAGCACUGGAAAGUGGCCAAAACGAGGCUGGUGGGACAGUCAUACAAAUUUUGCUCUGAAUGUAUUUUAUAAAAUCAGAAUUAGAAGGGUGAUCUGUUGUUAGGACAACUUGCUUCCAGACGUUGAUUUACGUAAUAUCACGCUUAACAUCUUCCAUUUUGUAAGUCUUUGUCGGGUUUUCACAGUGUCCUUCCUGGCAUGUGUGUGCUUUUCUGGGGAAAUACUGUCCUUUUAAUGCAGCAUUUUCUGAGUGUGGAAAGGUGACUGGAGUGGGGACCUGAGGGCUGAAGUGGAGUGGACACUAAUGAUAUUGGCUAGUUUUGUUUCCAUUUGAUUCAUGAUGAGCGAUUGCUGCCUAUCUUUUUCUUGCGCCCAGCACAGGGCUGCGUGCCUGGUGUUUGUGCCCUGUGCAUGUUGACCAGUGCCGUGAAGUAGGGAACCACAGAUCCCGGCCACUGUGCCCACCUCCCCCCUCUCUCAGUCUGCCUGCUCUCCUUGUCCACAGAGUUUAGAAAACAUUUCAUUGCUUCAUUUUCCUUAUGUUUUAGCAUGGAGGUUUUCUCAGAGAAAAGGGGAUAUGGUUUGGAGAGAGGUUGUGGAAAGGCUGUCGCUUCUGACAUUGGUUCCUCAUCAAUCUAAACUUGCUUGCUUCCUUUGUUGAAAGAAACCCCGAGAACUGUGCUAAGUAAACAUUUGAGUGACUGUUUAGAAUAUGGUUUUCUUAAUUGGUGAUCAUGAGGAAAACAUGCAUUUUUAAUUUGGAAGAAAGAAGUGACAGUUACCAUGGUUCCGUUUACCUUGGUUAGCGGAGUGAUUUGCUGGAGUGUUCCAGAGGUGCAGAAUCAUUGCAGGUUCUGAAUAGACUGAAAACACAACUAAUUCCUUAAAAAAAAAAAAUUCACAGAGUUGACUACUAGAGCUUGGUAGGCGAGAAUACCAGUUUUGAAAUUCAUCUCAGCUGUUAGCCACCUCCGCUAGAUUUUCUCCCAGAACAAGAUACUCAGUACUUAGCCGCUGAGCAGCCUUGUUCUGUGCUGGGGGUCGACAGGUGGGCACAGCAGAGGAAUCCAGGUGAGGGGGAAGAUGGGGUCGUGCUGUCUGCUGCCAGCUCACUCUGUCUCUGCAACCCGUUGGACAAGGGUGCUAGCAGGGCUGCUAUGAGUGUGUCAGAGCCCUGCUUAAGAUGGAGUCUUGGUUAUGGUCUUGAUGUGUAUGUGUUGACUUUGGUACUAAAGAUUGAUUGCAGAAGACCCAACCACCUCAUCCUCUGGGAUAGCUGUUGGUGGAGGGCAGGGUUGUCCCCUCAACACUCCUUUCUCAAUAUCCAGAGCCCCCACCUUUUGGGAAAUGAGGAUGGCUCAGUGUUCUUCCCUGACACGCUUCCCUGCCAACCCCCAAACACAAACACCACACCCUGCCUCAGGAUCUCAUAGAGGGCCAGGCGUUGUGGAUGAUGGGGAUGCUGAAACCAGGAGAGAGAUGUGUCCAGCAGUGUCACAAACAGCAGUAGGAAAAGAUGGCCAUUAUCCCAGCGAAUGGAAAUGGGAUUUGAUCCACUGCUGUGUUUGCCAGGGGGAGGGCAUCAGCUGCCUUGAAGUGGUUAGAAGUUGAGUAUCAAAUGUGUUCAUGGCAAUGCCGUUUCAUGAAUUUACAGAUCAUUCUGGAUCAUUCAUGGAAGUUGGGAACUGCUUAGCUCUUCUAGGCUAGGGGAUUCCAAGUGGUUUAAUGGUGACGUUGGAUUAUGGAAGUUAAAUGACAGACAAGUGGUUCCAAGUUGGUCUCUGAGCAGGGAAUACCUGGAGCUUUGUCUAGUUUAAAGUUGCUUUAGCAAUGUCAGUAUUGUCAGGAAUUUUACCUUUGCAUUUUGGUCUUAAGCCUUUCCUACCUCCCCCCAACCCAAAAAAAAGAAAUUUUAAUACUUCUGUCUUUGUUCCUAGCUUCAGGGAAAUUAGUUAUAAAUGUAUAAAUGUACAAAAGGAGCACUCCCUUCCCACCACUAUCUCUCUGGGAUCUCUCAGAUGUCAUGUCAAAGUUGAGGUCUCUUAAAAACUAAAAGUUGAGAUCUCUUAAGUAAAAUAUGGGAGAACUUGGUUUUAGGUUUCUGUGUUUUGAACUCAGUACCUUAUUCUUUUUGUCUGUCAAGGAUGCAUUUGGCUGUGGUUUUUGUUUUGUUUUGUUUAUUACUUUGCUUUCUGCUUCAGCCUUGCCACUGCAGUAGUAACAUUUUGUGUCUAAAUAGUAAUGUUAGAAAUCUAUUACACAGAAAAUUACUUUUUUCUUUAUAUUGGUAUAAAAGAAAUGAACUUAUCAGAAGGCUCUGCAGAUAAAGUGUUGUGUGAUUGGGGCAAUUUCUGUACCCCUUUGUUGGGUGUAUGUCAGUGUGCAUGCUUAUAAAUACACAGGGGUUUUCACGCUUUCCUCUGGGUCAGGUUUAACUCUAAAGUAUUGUUAUAACCUGGAAAUAUUUUUUAUCUUAUUAAAUAUACAGAGCUUGUUCUCAAUGCAUAGGCUAAGGAACAAUAACAACAACAAGGGAAAAACCCACGUGUGACUAUGGCCCUUCUCAGAACAGGAAGUGAGGAGAAACCCACGGAGCUAGGCCCCACCACCGGGAGCCUAUCCCUGAUUUCCCAGGAGGUUUGCCAUGCAACAACACCAGAGAUGCCACCAUGGAUGCCACAGAGCCAGGACUGUGUCCAGAGUGAGGGACUCCUCUCCUGUGCAGGCUUUUUGUGACGUCCCCUGCACUUCAGACAGAACUCCCGAGCAGGAUCGUGGCAGAAGGAGCAGGUGUUCUGGGUGUCUGCUGUCCCAGUUCAGAAGACCCAUCAUUUUGAGAAGCUCGUGUAGCCCACCCCUAAUGUGUAGACCCGCAGGGCUGGGAGAUGGAGGCCGACAGGUGUUAAGGGACUGUCUGUGCUGGGCUCCUUGCUCAGACCACCCCCGGAUGACUGAGACCAAGAAAGGACUGUGAGACUGGAGCCCCAGGCAUCACCCAUCUGCUCUGAGCUCCUGCCCGGCCCCACUGCAGUGAGGGAGAACCGUGUGCUGCCACACAGUCAGUACCCCAUUUCCUAUACUGAUUGAUGUAAUAAGACCCGGACUGAUGGUGUUAGUUGGAAUUAAAUAGCGUAAACACUGUGUUGCUGCCUUUUUCUUUUUUUCUUCCCUUUUUAUUUAAUUUUUUUGUUUGUUUGUUUUUGCAUCUCUAGAAUGAAGGAAUAGCAUAACAGCAUAACAUUCCUAGGUUUUAUGGUGCAGUUUGGCUUGUUGAUGACAGGAAAUUCUGAUUGCCUGUCUGUGGCCCGCCUCCACCCCUGACGCCAGCAAACACCCGCAUCUGUCUCUGUGAGCCGCCGUCCCUGUGGUGUGGAGACUUCCGGCCACUAGGCUCCUGUCCGUCAUUUCUAAUCUGUGGGCCAUGUCCUUCUCCUUGCCACUCCCCUCCCUCACUGCUGCGUAUUUUCUGUUUGUUCUGACUCAGUUGGUUUCGGAGAAUUAAUCAAGGUCACACCUUGCAUCUGGGACUUCCUAGUAGGCAACAAAGCAGCUCUCUCCCCUGGUCUUGACCUACGCGCUCUCCUUAGGCCAAGGCUGUGUGUGGAUGCAUGCGCAUUGCUGGGAGGGGGCGCACCUGAUUUAUUUUCACAGUGUCCUCAAACUUUCAGAUUACCUGACAGCUUUAUGUACAGUGUUAGUAAGAAAACAAAUAUCCUUCCCUUUUUAUUUAGGAUAAAAAUGGUGGGGUUUUUUUUUUUAGGUUAAAAAUAUUUGAUUCUGAUGACCAAGUUUGUGUGUGUCUGUGUGUGCAUGCGCAUUUGUGUAUAUAUAUUACAGAUCUAUAUUAUAUUUACAGUUUUUGUACUAUCAUUUAAAAUAAAGAUGUUUCUUAAUAAAAUGUCAGAGUCUUACCA